AUGGAAGGGAAGGUCUUCUUGGGUCAAAACUUGAUAUGGGUGAUGUUACUAAUGUUGGCGCAGCUACAUGGAUACUAAAGCUGUAUUGAGAAAGAAAGGAGCGCUUUGCUGGAGCUCAAGGAAUACCUGAUCUCGACUUCUCAAGAUGGCAAUUCCGGCGAUCUUCUCGCUACUUGGAGUAAUGACACAAGGAGCCAUUGCUGCCUGUGGGAGGGGAUUAAGUGCAAUCGUACAAGCAGACGGGUGACGGAGAUUGCCUUUGGUGAUUUGUACCUCAAAGAGCAUUCUCUCCUUAAUCUUUCUUUGUUUCAUCCCUUCGAAGAAGUUCGAAGUCUGGACUUAUCCCAGUGCACUUUUAGUGCCUUGUUUGAUGAUAUGGAAGGUUAUAAAAGCUUAAGUAGAUUAAGAAACCUGGAGAUCUUGGAUCUCUCUUCAAAUGAGUUUAACAACAGCAUCUUUCCCUUUCUUAAUGCUGCUACAUCACUUACAACUCUGUUUCUUCGGUACAACUACAUGAAUGGCGGCCCCUUUCCUGUUAAAGAGCUGAAAAACUUGGCAAACUUGGAAUUGCUGGAUCUGAGUGGAAACGAAUACAACGGUUCCAUGCCAGAGUUUACUCACCUGAAAAAGCUGAAAGCUCUGGAUCUAAGUGGCAAUGGUUUUUCUAGCUCAAUGGAAUUGCAAGAACUAAAGAAUAUGACUACUUUGGAAGUCCUGGGUCUCGCUGGGAAUUACUUCAGCGGACCAAAGCCAAUAGAAGUUUUAUGUGAAAUGAAGAAUCUGCAGGAGCUAUAUCUCAGUGCAAAUGAAUUUGUUGGUCAGCUUCCUCUGUGUUUGGGUAGCUUGAACAAACUACGUAUUCUUGACCUCUCAUACAACUAUUUAAGUGGCAACCUAUCAUCUAGUUUCAGUACCCUCGAGUCUCUUGAAUAUCUAUCGUUGUCAGAUAAUAACUUCGAAGGCUUGUUCUCACUGGAUGUAAUAGCCAACCUCACAAAUCUCAAGGUGUUCAAACUAUCAUCACCAGCUGAUAUAAUACAAGUAGAUACAGAAAGUACAUGGAUUCCUAAAUUUCAACUAACUAUAGCUGCACUACCGUUUUGCGGCUUGGAGAAGAUGCCAAACUUUCUAAUGUACCAGAAGAAGUUGCGUGUACUUGAUCUAUCCAGCAACAGAAUAUCCGGAAACAUUCCUAUAUGGCUGCUGGCUAAUAAUCCAGAACUUGAAGUCCUACAGCUGCAGAAUAACUCAUUCACUCUCUUUCAGAUUCCUGCAAUAGUGCGUAAGUUGCAGUUCUUGGAUUUUUCAGCAAAUGAUAUUGGUGGAGUGCUCCCUGAUUAUUUUGGCCAUGUGCUUCCCAGUCUGCUACAUGUGAAUGGCACUCAUAAUGAGCUUCAGGGGAACUUGCCAUCAUCUAUGGGUGAGAUGAAAAACAUUUCAUUCAUGGACCUGUCUCACAAUAACUUCUCUGGGGAACUACCUAGAAGCUUAUUCACAGGUUGUGUUUCAUUACAAAUCCUGCAACUCUCUCACAACCAACUUGGUGGACAUAUUUUUCCAGGACAGACUAACCUAACAUCACUCAUUGUGUUGCGGAUGGAUAACAACUUAUUUACAGGGGAGAUUGGAACAGGUUUGCUUACCUUUAUUAAUUUGUCAGUACUUGACGCGUCCAACAAUCGCCUUACAGGUGCUAUUCCGAGUUGGAUACCCGAAGAAUCGCAUAUGAUUAUGUUACUGCUAUCAAAUAAUCAGUUAGAAGGUACGUUGCCACCUUCCCUGCUUGCCGUUUAUCAUCUUGAAUUUUUGGACCUCUCUGGAAACCUAUUAUCUGGUGAACUACCAUCAUCACAUGUGAAUUCUAUGUAUGGGAUAAGUAUGUUCCUACACAACAACAGCUUAACGGGGUCAAUCCCGGUCAAGCUGUUGGAAAAUGCUAAGAUACUUGAUCUGCGGAACAAUAAACUCUCUGGAAGUAUCCCACAGUUUGCCAAUACCGGGGAAAUGAGAAUUUUUCUGUUGAAGGGGAACAAUUUAACAGGAUCCAUACCAUGGAAGCUAUGUGAUAUGAGAAAUAUCACUCUCCUUGAUCUUUCAGACAACAAGCUCAAUGGAACCAUACCUUCAUGCCUUUAUAAUUUAUCAUUUGGAUCAAGGGAAGAAGAGGAGAUGACAAGUAGCUCCUUUGGGGCAUUUGACUUUGGCUUUGGUGAAAGGCUUGAGUUCGAAUUUUACAAAUCUACAUUCUUGGUAGAAGAUUUCAUGACAUACUAUGAGACAUAUAUGAUUGUCGAAAUUCAGUUUGCAGCAAAGCGAAGGUAUGACUCUUACACCGGAGGAACACUUAAUUAUAUGUAUGGCUUAGAUUUGUCUAGCAACGAAUUAAGUGGUGUUAUCCCAGCUGAGCUUGGAGAACUCUCGAAACUACGAGCAAUGAAUCUGUCUCGCAAUUUCUUGUCGAGUUCUAUACCAGAUAGCUUCUCCAAACUGAAGGACAUUGAGAGCCUUGAUCUUUCUUUUAACAUGUUACAUGGCAACAUUCCUGGACAACUAACCAACCUCAGUUCUCUUGCUGUCUUCAAUGUCUCCUACAACAAUUUAUCAGGCAUCAUUCCCCAAGGCAGGCAGUUUAGCACCUUUAACGAGAACAGCUACUUAGGCAAUCCUCUUCUAUGUGGACCACCGACCUAUAAAAGUUGUGACGCUAAGAAGAGCACAAAGGAAGCAGGUAAUGGAGGAGAAGAAGAUGACGAUGAAGAUGAAGCCUUUGUUGACAAGAUGGUCUUCUAUUGGAGUACUGCUUCAACAUAUGUUGUAGCAUUGAUUGGUAUACUUUUACUUAGGUGCUUCGAUUGUUCUUGGAGUCGAGCAUGGAUCCACCUUGUUGAUGCUUUCAUUGCCUCAACAAAAAGUCUUUGUUCUUAA